GUUUAGAAUAUUGGUGAGGCCGUGGCAGUUAGUGGUUUGAAUGCCAAAGCGAAGGAGAGUCUUGAUCUGGAAGAUUUCACCUGGGCAGUCUUUCAUAAGAUCUGAAAAAGACACAUUUUGGGAAGGGCAUAUGCCAAAGUGAUGGAACCAUUUCUGGGUAUCGUGUUUUCCUCUGUUUUUAUUGGUAGGAUAAAAGGAACAUCAAGAGAUCGUGUGAAGUUCACUACAAAAAACAUUCAGAUUCCAUUUCAAGUGGCCUUGGGUAAGAAUGUUUCUUUAUCCGUGGAUACCAUUCAUCUAAAGAAAUUUGGGCUGUGGAAAAAUAAGAAUCAUCCUCACUGCAAAACUAAUAACACUGUCAUUUUCCUCUGGACAACUUCAGACUAUGUAAAAGAAAUUGAAACCCAACUUGGAUAUAAUGUUUUAAGCCAGCCAUCCAAAUCCAAUGAAUUCAUUUUCCUUGAGUUACAGAAACCAAUUUCAGGGAGAGAAGAAGUUAAGUUUAAAGAAGUGAUGGCAGAAGUGAAGAAGAAGCACAGAUCAGUAGCUCUUUCUGAGCCAUUAUUUUGGAAUGAGGCUCUCCCAUUGUUUCAGCAUUUCUUAUUGGAAGAAUGUUCCUUUCUGCAUUAUCUCUAUUGCUCAUUUCAGCUAGAGCAGCAGCAGCAACAGAAAGCGGACAGUGUCUUGGUGAAGAAUCAACCCUUGCCUCAGCAUUUUCAGGAAACCUACAGGGCAGUCCAAGGAGAGAGGAUGACAUGUCCGAAGCUGGAGGAGGUUAAAAGAAUCCCUCAGAACCGCCAGGAGUCUUCAGGAGUCACCGAGAACUGCAAGAGAAAAUCAAUCGGCACACUGUGGAAAAUGAAGUCAGCAUGAACCAUUUGCAUCUGCCAUUGUUCAUUGAGCUUGUAGAGAUGGAAAAGUGGUGAGAUUUAGUAAGUCUCAGACUACCUGAAGUGAAAAGGAAACCUGCAACAAAGAUUGGCGGAGCAAGUUUCUUCCCUUGAAAGGACCAAUAUAGUUGGAGACUACUUAAUAUAAUUGGUGUUCGAAGUUUUAGUUCUUAAGCCAAAUGUUCCUUCUUCUAAGGUACCUCUUACUUAUAGAGGACCAAGGUCCUGAGCCUUCACCACCAUCUAGAAAUGUACAGUCCCUUUUGUUUGUGAGUUCACUGAAGGUAAUGAGCUGAAGCUCAUCACAUGCAAAAAACUAAUUGGAUAGUUGGAGGAAGAGUAGCUGUGACUAGCCUGACUGGGGAUUCUUUUCCUUCUUUAGUGACUAUGUUUCCCAAGGAUGCCAAUUUCUUUCAACAGGUCUAUUUGGUUCCUGGCCACUUGGGAUCACUCAAGGGGAAAAUUUCUCAAAUUGAGAGUUGGGACCCUGGCAUCCUUCAUAGAAGAGCUUUGGAGAUUGCACCAGGUAGCUAUUUGUUGACAGCCGGUACUGGCAGCAACAAACCCUAGGCUCUCUGGGUAGAAUGAUCUACUUCCUCCAUCUGUGAGGACCUCUUGUAGCUCAGCUCAGAACUUGUUUGGUAGAAACAGAAUUUACAAUGAGAAGUAAGUGUGUGUGUGUGUGUGUGUGUAAGUUUUGAUGUGAGGCUUCCUAGACAAUCCUCCCCACAUCUCUUCCUCCAACUGCAGAAAUCGAAGAAAACACAAAGGUUCAUAAAUAUUUCGGUUGAAUUUUAUUCUACAUGUUAACAUUUGUGCCUUGCUUAAUUAAAGGAACAUUAAAAUUG